AUGCAUCCUCAGACUGAGGCUGCAAACCAGGGGAUUGGAUCACAUGGCAGCCCGGAACCUCCUGAUGUUGUAACGCUCGAAUCUUCUCACCGAUUGUCGCCCAGCAUCAGUCUGCACACCUUCUCGGUUCCAAAAAGGGCGAAUUUUCUAGCCUCAUUUCAACCCUCGCAAAAUGUGACACUCCAAUUUCCCGAUGACUUGGAUCUCAUCUAUGGAUCCAAAUCUUUGAAAGAGGAAGAUCGCUGCCUUACCUUCACUCCUUGCCAGCUCUCCGAGCCACCAGAUGCUGAUUAUUUAGCAAUGUCAGUGAUAACGAGGAACGGGCGCGUCACGGGACUUCUUGGAAUCCCGAGGCCACAUGGUCGGCUGACAGCCAAACUUGUUGGCACAGGAGGUGGCUUUCCAACACCUAAUACUGAAUACAUUGGCUCUACAACUUGCAUUGCAGGAGGAACCGGCAUUGCACCGUUUCUUGCAAUGGCAAAUGCUCGGUGGGGAGCAAAUGGCUGUCCAGGAAGAGUCUCAUUGAUAUGGAGCAUUAAUGGAAACGACUUCCCUUUGGUAGAAUACUUGAUACGGGAAAAGAUCCUCCAGAGCAUCGACUGGCUUUCUGUGACGAUUUUCGCCACGCCAGGUGAUGAGGUUGAUGGACUGGUAGCUGGAAAGACGGAGGAUUGGUGGGCCAAGAAAAUUAAUGAUCUGCCAGUAGAGAUUGAUUCAAGUAUUCAUGCUCGGUGCAGGAGAAUGGAAAAGGAAGAUCUGGACCGGGCAAUCUCAAACAGUGAUCAUCAGGUUCUCUUUUGUGGGAGUAAAUCGUUGGAGUGGCAGGUCCGAAUGUGGUGCCUGAAUAAGUGUCAAGUGUUCAAAACUGAACUGUCUUAA